AGAGUACGGUAACUAACGGGGAAAAGAUUAGAAGAAAAUCAAAGGUCACCCAGCAAAACUCUUAAAGGGUGGUUGUGUGCAUGUGCCCCAGGGCCUGAGUUUGGGAGCUUGCAACCGUUGGACGGACAUCUUCGUGCUGGCUGCCUGAGAGCACUUGGGCCUAGGGCAUGGACGGGGCUGGACAACUCCCCUAGAACUUGGCUCCAGUCAACCUCGGGAGAGGUCACCUUUCUGAUCCCUGACUCGGCCCCUGAGUGCUAGUCCUAGGGGCCAGACUCCAUGGACCAGCCAGAGGCCUUCUGCUCCAGCACCGAGUUCCGCGCGGCUGCCGCGCGAGAGCUCCUCCGGGCCGCGCUCGAGGACCUGAGCCAGGAGCAGCUGAAGCGCUUCCGCCACAAGCUGCGGGAUGCGCCCCUGGACGGCCGCAGCAUCCCGUGGGGGCGGCUGGAGCGCGCGGACGCCAUGGACCUGGCGGAGCAGCUGACCCAGUUCUACGGGCCGGAGCCUGCGCUGGACGUGACCCGAAAGACCCUGAAGAGGGCGGACGUGCGCGACGUGGCGGCGCGACUCAAGGAACAGCGUCUACAGCGGCUCGGCCCCAGCUCCUCGGCGCUGCUCUCCGUGUCCGAGUACAAGAAGAAGUACAGAGAGCACGUCCUGCAGCAGCAUGCCAAGGUGAAGGAGCGGAACGCCCGCUCGGUCAAGAUCAACAAGCGCUUCACCAAACUGCUCAUCGCGCGCGAGAGCGCCACGCUGGUGGACGAGGUUCCGGGGCUCGCGGAGGAGCAGGAGCCAGAGCGCGCUCGGCGCUCGGACACCCACACCUUCAACCGCCUGUUCGGCCGCGACGGAGAAGGCCAGCGGCCUCUGACCGUGGUGCUGCAGGGCCCGGCGGGCAUCGGCAAAACCAUGGCGGCUAAGAAGAUCCUGUACGACUGGGCGGCAGGCAAGCUGUACCACGACCAGGUGGACUUCGCCUUCUUUUUGCCCUGCCGCGAGCUGCUGGAGCGACCGGGCACGUGCAGCCUGGCCGGCCUGAUCCUAGACCAGUGUCCCCACCGCAGCGCGCCCGUGCGGCAGAUGCUCGCGCGCUCCGAGCGGCUGCUCUUCAUCCUGGACGGCGCGGAUGAGCUGCCGCCGCCGGGGCCCGCCGAGGCCGCGCCCUGCACAGACCCCUUCGAGGCGGCAGACGGCGCGCGGGUGCUGGGCGGCCUGAUGAGCAAGACGCUCCUGCCCCAUGCCCGCCUGCUGGUGACCGCGCGCGCCACCGCCCCCGGGAGGCUGCAGAGCCGCCUGUGCUCACCGCAGUGCGCGGAGGUGCGCGGCUUCUCGGACAAGGACAAGAAGAAGUACUUCCACAAGUUUUUUCGGGACGAACGGAUGGCGGAGCGUGCCUACCGCUUCGUGAAGGAGAAUGAGACGCUGUUUGCGCUGUGCUUCGUGCCCUUCGUGUGCUGGAUCGUGUGCACUGUUCUGCGCCAGCAGCUCGAGCUCGGCCAGGACCUGUCGCGCACGUCCAAGACGACCACGUCCGUGUACCUGCUCUUCAUCGCCAGCGUCCUGAGCUCGGCGCCUGCCGCCGACGGUCCCCAGAUGCAGGGCGAGCUGCGCAAGCUGUGCCGCCUGGCCCGUGAAGGCAUCCUCCGGCACAGGGCGCAGUUCGGGGAGAAGGAUCUGGAACGACUGGCGCUUCGCGGCUCUAAAGUCCAGACGCUGUUUCUCAGCAAGAAAGAGCUGCCGGGCGUGCUGGAGACGGAGGUCACCUACCAGUUCAUGGACCAGAGCUUCCAGGAAUUCUUCGCCGCGCUGUCCUACCUUCUGGAGGAUGAGCGGGAUCUCAGGGCACCGGCUGACAGUGUAGGAGCGCUUCUGCGGGGGGACACCGAGCUGCGCGGCCACCUCACGCUCACCACGCGCUUCCUCUUCGGGCUGCUGAACACGGAGCGCAUGCGCGACGUCGAGCGCCACUUCGGCGGCGUGGCUUCCGAGCGCGUGAAGCAGGAGGUCCUGCGGUGGGUGCAGGAACAGGGCCAGGGCCGCCCUAGGGCGGCAGCUGAGGGGACCGAAGAGACCGAGGAGCCAGAAGAGGAGGAGGGCGAGCUCAACUACCCGCUGGAGCUGCUCUACUGCCUGUACGAGACGCAGGAGGGCGCCUUCGUGCGCCAGGCGCUGCGGGGCUUGCCUGAGUUGGAGCUGGAGCGAGUGCGCUUCAGCCGCAUGGACCUGGUCGUCCUGAGCUACUGCGUAAGGUGCUGCCCCGCCGGGCAGGCACUGCGGCUGGUUAGCUGUGGACUGGUCCCCGCGCAAGAGAAGAAAAAGAAGGGCCUGCUGAAGCGGCUGCAUGGCAGCCUGAGUGGCAGCUCCAGUUCACAAGCCACCAUGAGAAAACCCCAGGCCUCUCCACUACGUUCACUCUUCGAGGCCAUGACUGACCAACAUUGUGGUCUGAACAGCCUGACGCUGUCCCGCUGCAAGCUGCCUGACUCUGUCUGCCAAGACCUCUCUGAGGCCCUGAGGGAGGCCCCCGCCCUGAGGGAGCUGAGCCUGCUCCACAACCGGCUCAGCGAGGCAGGCCUGCGUGUGCUGAGUGAGGGCCUGGCCUGGCCCCAGUGCCGGGUACAGAAGCUCUGGGUGCAGCAGCCCGGCCUCCAGGAAGCACUCCGGUACCUCAUCAGCGUGCUCAGGCAGAGCCCAGCGUUGACUACCCUGGACCUCAGUGACUGUCACCUGUCAGAGUCCAUGGUAACCUACCUGUGUGCGGUCCUACAGCAACCAGGAUGCCGCCUGCAGACCCUCAGUCUGACUUCCAUGGCGCUGAGCGAGCAGUCACUGAAGGAGCUGCAGACAGUGAGGACGGCAAAGCCAGGUCUGGUCAUCUCCCACCCAGCACUGGACAGUCACCCCAGCCCUCCCACAGGAUUCAGCAGUGCCCUCUGAGGCCCUGAAGGCCAGGGGAGGACUCUAGGCAGCCCUACGGAGUCGACUUCCUCAUCCCAAGGGCAGGAAGGUGUUGCUCUCUGCUCUGGGCAGCUCUUUGGAGCCUGAGGAGCUGGGGGCAGGCAGGUGGGAGGCGAGGACACAUGUGGUCCCUUACCUGGGGAAACAGAGCUCCCAGUCAUCGAGCACCUACCCUGUGUUGGCCUUCACCUGGUGUGUUCAGUGCAGAGCGACCCCUUCACUGAUCCCAUCCCAUCUGCACUAUGGGCCCCACAGCCCCAACAACUCUGUCCCUGGUCACGGGAGAGCAAGCAGCGGCUGACCCCUGACCAAAGGUGGGCAGGUCACCAUUCCUCCCCAGGAAUUUGGGUCUUGGCAUUGGGAGCGAAGCCAUCCCUGAGGUUGUGUAGUCCCAGUCCAGAGGUGCCCGUUCACCUUCUAGGUCUUCAGGGAUGGAGACCAGGAGAGAGGGGAGAUGGAGCAGCAGCUGGGACUCUGGCUGGGAGCCAUGAUGGCACGGGUGGUAGACAGCCUGCCCCCCACCCCAUGCACUGAUAAUACAUUCUCCUUUGGAGUCA